GGAAAGCACAUUUUAGGAUACUUCCAGGUGCUUUUUUCGUUUCAGUGAAUUACAAUGUUUCCGGAAGCGCAUAGACUUGAACAUAAAUACGCGCACGCACAGAUAGCCUACAGUACAACUGUGUUUUUCCCCACCAUAAUUUGUGGAGAAGAUAGGCCAAAAGGCGUUAAAUUGUGCCGCACACUCACCUAUAAUGGGCACACACAGAAGUCCCACAGCCAGCAGCAUGGCUAAGCUGUUGCAAGAUUUACCGGCGACCAUUGUUUUUGUCUCAGGAGCGCUCUUCACCUGAGUGUGGAGGAAGAAGUGGGCGAAAGAGAAGCUAUAUGGCCCGGGAGGCGGACCCCGUGCAUCCAGCUGGGCCUCGGCGGCCCAUAGGGCUGGUCCAUUCUAAUAAUCCCCAACCCGCAGCUUCAACUGUUGUUCUUACAUGAUAUAUUGACGGAGUCUUGAAAUCCGGAGAUGGAGAAGGACGCGAGACCAUCCUGGGAUAACCCAAUGCAAUUUGUCCUGGCCUGUGUGUCAUACGCAGUAGGACUUGGAAACGUCUGGCGCUUUCCUUACCUCUGUCAGAUGCACGGUGGAGGGGGCUUCAUGAUACCUUACUUGUUGAUGCUGAUACUGGAGGGCAUUCCUCUGUUUUACAUGGAGCUGGCUAUCGGACAGAAGAUGCGCCUCGGAAGCAUUGGAGCAUGGAGCGCCAUCAACCCUUAUCUGGGGGGUGUGGGUAUUGCAAGUGUUGUAACGUCAAUGUACUUGUGUCUCUACUACAACGUCAUCAAUGCAUGGAGCUUCUGGUAUCUCUUCCAUUCAUUCCAGUCGGUGCUUCCGUGGGCUGAAUGUCCGGUGAACAGCAACCAGACAGGGUAUGUAGAGGAGUGUGAGCGUGCAACGCCGACUCAGUACUUCUUCUACCGGGAGACGCUAAACAUCUCUCCCACCAUCGAUGAGAAUGGAGGAGUGCACACAGGCCAGGCACUCUGUCUGGUCCUGGCCUGGAUGAUCGUCUACCUCUUCAUUGUGCGGGGAGUGAAGUCCACAGGCAAAGUAGUGUACUUCACGGCCACGUUUCCCUAUGUCGUCCUCUUCAUCUAUCUCAUCCGGGGAGUCACUCUGCAUGGAGCCUUGAAUGGUGUCAAGUAUAUGUUUACUCCUAAGCUGGAGCAGUUGGCUGACCCUCGGACAUGGAUCAACGCCGCCACCCAGAUCUUCUUCUCCUUGGGUCUGGGUUUUGGCUCGCUCAUCGCCUUUGCCAGUUACAACCACCACAACAACAACUUUGAGAAGCAGGCCAUCGUGGUGUCCUUGAUCAACAGUGGCACCUCUAUCUUUGCCAGCAUCGUUACCUUCUCCAUCUAUGGCUUCAAGGCCACCUUCAACUAUGAGAGCUGCCUGGGAAGGGUGAGGCUGUUGCUCCUGAACACCUUUGACAUGGCAGAGGACACCAUUUCCCUGGACAAUGUUGACUACUGGAUCACAGAGCUGAACCGCACCCAUCCAGACCAGUUUGCCAACAUGGCACCCAAGCUGGACACCUGUGAUCUGAUUGCUGAACUAGACACCGCUGUUGAAGGCACAGGUCUGGCCUUUAUUGUGUACAGCGAGGCUAUUAAGAACAUGCCUGCGUCCCAGCUGUGGUCGGUGCUCUACUUCUCCAUGUUGCUGUUGCUGGGCAUGGGCAGCAUGCUGGGCAACGUGACCGCCAUCAUCACCCCACUGCGCGACUUCAAAGUGCUGGCGCGCAACUUCAGCCUAGAGACCCUAAACGGCCUGGUGUGUGUGUUCUGCCUGCUGCUUGGCCUGGGCUUCACCACCCGCUCAGGGAACUACUGGUUCACCAUGUUCAACGAGUAUGGAGCCACAUUCUCCCUGCUCUUCAUCGUGCUAAUUGAGGUCAUCACUGUCAGCUACGUCUAUGGACUGAAAAGGUUUGAAAAGGACAUAGAGGACAUGCUGGGACAUCGGCCCAACUGGUACUGGAAGAUCAUGUGGGCAGUCGUCAGCCCCGUUCUACUCAUCAGUUUGUUCAUAUUCUACAUUGUUGACUACAUCCGUGGAGGCACACCAACAUACCAAGCCUGGGACCCAAUCCUGGGUAAGUCAGUGGUGAUGGAAUACCCCUGGUAUGGUCAGGCUUUCAUCGCCCUUCUGCUCCUCUCAUCUGUCUGCUGUGUGCCCGCCACAGCACUCUAUACCUUCUGCAGAAAGAAGCAGAAAGAAGCUAAAUCUGUGCCCCUCCAUGAACACACCGUCAGUGCCAUCUCGGGAGUUUAGAGUACCCGUAAUCUGCCCACACACACACACACACACACACACACACACACACAUACCAGCACACACAUGACUCAGACUGUGUGCUGCUUCACUGUCUGAACCCACCAGGUGACAUGAAGACCCUCUUUAUCUGGGAUAGCAACAGCUAGCACUCCAUUACAUAUGCACACGCUUGCAGCCACUCACUCAUCUCAUGUGGGCAUUUUCCUACUUCAGUUUUUAGUUGGGAGGGGGGUUGUUUGCCUCCUUUGAUGACUUUGUCUGGCAGAGGUUAGCUAGAAGUGCCAACAUUGCUUACAAAAUCUUUAGAGUUUGAACAGUAUACAAUGUCAAUUGAAAUUGAGGAACCAUAUAUUCAAUCUCUGCAUUAAUUGUAGGCUUCAACACACAAUUUUGUAUGCAUAUAUGCCAAAUGAAUUGAACAGUAUUAUGUUUCGACAUAUUUGUGUAAGGUGUUUAGCCUUCAAAAGAGGCUUAGAGGUUGUAUAUUAGAGGGAUAACUAUAGGAACAAUGGAUAUAUUUACUUUCUUUGCCAGGAAACACUGUAAACAUGGACAUCAGAUUUUAUACUGACCAUUGAUUGCCAAAUUUGAUCGAGAAAUACUGUGAAUGUAUAUUUUUAAUGUGAACAGCAUACCUGAAAAUGUCAGUAGUGUCAAAAUGUUAAAUAUUUGUACAUAGAUUUUUACAUUUGCAAAUUGUGGGAUGUAGCGUGCCAAAUCAUGUCAUAGUUAGAGAUUUGUAUAGUUUUAUAUCUAAGUUUUCUUUAUUGGAAUGAAACCAUGAACAAUGCAAAGUAACACUACUUUGGAAUAUAUGCCAACUCGUCUGCAAAGUGUAAUCAGCAAACCAGAUUUGUUUUUCCAAGAGGCUAAACCUGGUUACUUGCACUGACUUUAUCAAGGGCCAAAGAUAUAAAAUGCAUGGAAAGUGUACUACAGUAUAGAUCAUCUGGUGACCAUAUUGAUCACAAGAAAACUGCUUACAGGCCUUCCCAUCAUGUAAGGACAAAAAGGCAGUGAAAUCCUAUCCCUACAUCAUUACGAAUCUGGGCCCUUUGAUAAAAAAAAAAAUAAAAAUAAUAAUAAUUAAAAAAAGCUAUUUUGAUAUCUACCUGUGCCAAACGGAUUCAGAUUUGAGUUAUUUUUGCUACAGUGAAAGUUCUGGAAGUCUCUACAGCCUCCUGAACCAUUUCACCUGGAAAUCCUGUAGAGCCCUAUGGGGAAGAUGCUUAUACUAGGAGGUGUUUAUACUACUAAACUUUGCCAAGGGUGGAUUCAGGGAAAAAGCUUGGCAGUAUGCCACUGGGUAAACUGUUACGAUAGAGGACCGUAUGUGUAAGUUUGUGGAUCAAACAGUUAACAUAAGAUGGAACAUCUGUGCCCAGUUUGUACAAUCAAAGUACCAAAUUGGUAAUGACAUUUUAGAUGGAUUCUGUCAGCAGCCUUGUUUUAAAAGAGCUGCAUUUUAAGGCAAUCUCCUAGCUUAAAUGUAUGAGUAGAUGUGUAUAUUUGUAUCUGUAUGAAAUUAAAGGCUUUCAGUAGAAAUCA